UAGUUGAAAUGCGCAAUGUAAAAUUGAUCAUUCUCAAAUAGGAGUUAAAUCCAUGGACGUGAAAAAUCGAAAAUAUCAUCGCCUUCUUUGUUAUGUUCUUUCACCCUCUUUGUGCAGUGUUUACAUCGUCGACGUUUGACGAUUCUCAAUGUUUUUAAUUUAAAUCAGUAGAAUAUUUACUGUUGAUCCCGAGUACUGUAAGUCUAUUUUUAGACUUAUGUGUACAUUUCAUUCCUACUUUUCAGAAGUAGGCAGUAUUUUGCGUUGUAGUUUGCGAGUUUGGGAAAGGUUAUGGGGGGUGACGAAAUUGUGCAGCGAUGUAGCGUGUUGAUGCGCAUGGAUUACACGGUGACUGAACUGGCAAACCAAAACGGUGAACUGUCGGCCCACUAUCCGGCCAAGUUGCUCAUUCCUGAGCAGGAACUAAAGAAGAGCAUUAUUACCACAAACUUUCCAGUCACUGCCGCCAAUCUCCGUCCCCGGAACAGUGCGUCACCACAGUCAACUGGGUCCAAUGUAACGGAUUCGGUACGCUAUGUCGCAAACCGGGAUCAGGUGAUCGUGGACGGACGACUCGAUGCUCAGCGUCUUCGAUAUUUGAUUCUACGAGCCCGGUUGGCUCGUUGCCGUGCCCGAUUUCCACUCCCAGUGAUACUCUAUAAGGGGAAAUUUAUAUGUCGAUCGGCAACGUUGUCCGGUGGACCCGAGAUCUACGGUCGUUCGGGGUUGGAAUACUUUGCGUACGCUGCUGAGGCGACACUGCCGGAACCAGGGGAUGAGGCUUACGAAGCGCAGGAAGAUUCGUCGUCAGACGAAUCGGAUUCCAAAGACUGGCCGUUGUUCGGUCGACUGCGUCGGAAAGACAUUCGCUUGCUGAAAGCCCUCAAUGUUGGUACCAUUAUCGACUUUAUGGUGGAAAACAAAAAGGUCAAAUUUUGGCUGAACGUGACGUCGUCGGAAAAAGUCGACAAGGAGAAUAGGUAUAGCUUUUUCAAAAUUCUCGCACUACCAUAUCCGGGGUGUGAAUUUUUCCGCGAGUACCGUGAUAACGAUUGCCGUGGCGAAGGACUGAUUUUUGACUGGAACCAGUCAUACGUGGAUGCCGGUAUCCGUGUGCCGGAUGAUUCCGUAACAGCAGAACUGAAUAUCGACUGGCACAACUACAAGCAGUGGGAUCUGGUGAAACUUACCCAAAAUUACCUUCGAUUGCUGUUGAAAUACUUGCAGGAAAACAAUUCGGGACUGUUGGUUCAUUGCAUUAGCGGAUGGGACCGGACACCGUUGUUUGUCUCGCUGUUGCGAAUUUCUCUCUGGGCAGACGGCGCUGUCCAUCAGUCGCUCAGUGCGGCUCAAAUGCUUUACUUCACUAUCGCGUACGAUUGGUUACUGUUCGGUCACAAUCUACCCGAUCGAUUGAAUAAGGGUGAAGUGAUAUUCUACUUCUGUUUCUACAUACUCAAGUACAUAGUCGAUGACGAGUUUAGCGUGUUAACUCGAACCCGUAGUCAUCACAGUAGCGGCAGUAGUAGCAUAGGUGUAAUAAGAACUGACAGUGAAAGUAUGCUAGAUGGGUUGCUGUUUGACGCGGAGAGUCGCGGAUCCAGCAUAUCACUGAACUCGAUGUGCAGCUUUACGAGUGGACGAAGUUCUUCCAUGCACGACACCCAGACGUGUAUCAGCACCGGUAUCGGACUGACGAGUGAUGGUGCAAGCAAUAGUAUAGCAAUAAUCGGCAGGAAUAAUGGUGCUAGCAGGAACAGCGGUACGUCCGGUGGAGGAUGCAACGGAAACGAGGGUAUCAACUCGUUCAAUGGCAAUAAUGGCUUCUCAUCACACAGUAACGAUAGCAGUAGCAGUAUUGGAUGCAUAUCUCAUGAUAGUUCGAAUCAUAAUAUCCAAUGGUCGCCGCAAUCGAAACGAACUAGUCCAGUAACAGUGCCAAGUGCGGAUCGGCUGCUAAGACAGCGCCAGGAGUCUACCUCGUCACUUUCGGUUGGCAGCUGGCAGAUGAUCACAUGCACCGGCAGCUACCGGAGUGCGGAAUCGGUCAAUGAAAUGCAGUCCCAUUUGCAACCGAACGCCCUGAUCGCCCAAUGCCCCAAUCACCAUCAACGUUUGCAGAUUCAGGGAGGACUUCAGCAACCGCCUAACAAUCAUCUUCAAUCUCCGCCGCAUCAACAACAACAACAUCAAAUAAAUAUCAACUGCGGGUCUCACAGUGCUUCCACACCGAACGCCAACCAGCAUCACAGUCAGGAAACCAGUUGCUGUACCGUCAUCGAUGGCGAGUACUUCCCGAAUCGGGUCGAUCUUUAUGCACUACGACGCGAAAAACUCACACAACUGCGGACACUGUUCUACAACUGUUAUUUCUCGACGAUAGCAUUCAAAUUCAAUUCCGGACCGGAUUCGGCGCUCGGCAGCUUGUUGGGAAACUUUGCGGAGAAAGUUGGUCUAGCAAGUCGCACGCCAGUCUAGAGGCGGAAAAGGAACCGUGGGUACGGGUUUUGCUCGUACAGAGCUGCGGACGUCUUCCGUGAAAGCACGUGAACACAAAUAAGCCUCGGUAUCUGUCUCUCUUUUAGCUCAGAACUUUUUCGUUUUUUCCGUUUCUUUUAACAUUCUUGCAAUUGUCGGCACAGCGUAGAAGAAAAUACCUAGCGAGUGUUCAUUUCAUGUUUUAUUGAUGUAAUUAUAAUUGCGGUUAAUACACGGGAAGAAACUUGUUUGUAGUGAAAAAAACAGAUUCUAAUGCAAGUUUUUACCAACGCGAACGGUUUUAUAUUUGAUCGAGCUAUACAAAAUUUCGCAAAAAUCGUUUUCGAUUUUUUAGAGUUAUUGAACUUGUUGAUAUUUUAUUAUAUUUCGCAUUAGUCUAGUUUUGCUUUGUUUUCUUUAUAAAUGCGCAUAUAUUUACUCACCGGAUUUUUUUAUCGAUUUAACUCGCAUUAUUGCAAGAUAGUACACGUUGUAUUUGUUUUUUAAAUAAAAAAAAUGAGUCAUUUGAAUAGUUUCUUUAACCCAAAACAAAAACCGUCAUGGCAAAACAACAAAUAAACCACUAAAUAAAUUCGCAUUUAAGAAAAAAA